AUGCAAGUGGAGGGCGAGGCUGUGGAUGACUGGGUGAAGACCGAGGAUGGCUACUACCUGCCCAUACGGGGUCCUGAUGGCCAGCAGCUCCUGAAACGGCAGGCGGAGAUGAUCCCCUGGGUGAACGACGUAGAGGAGCCGAGCACAGCUGCAAAGUCGGAAGUGCCGGCCCUUGACGAACUCGAGAGCCUCCACAAGAAAUAUGAUAAAAAGUACGGGAAGCCCAAGAGUGCUGCUUCCGCGUCUCCCUUCGGACCCAUGGCUACGUCACAUCUGGCGCAUGAGAGCUACAUGCAGGAGUUCCGACAGGGCUUGGAAGAGAUGGGGGUGGACACCAGCAACGACCCCUACCUCAACGUCUAUGCGCCCAAAGGGGCCGGAGGCAGCCGUGGCGACUCCAAGUCCUUGACGAGGGGCACCCUCACCCGCAGUGGAGAUUCGAUCUCCCGGCCUAGCAGCCGCGGCUCCUUGGCCAAGGCAGCCCCGGCUCCUCGCGGCAAAGGUCUGGAGGCUGGCGUCGGCUCCAUGCUUUCUGCCUGUGGAGCUGUUGUGGUCACACGGUCUGCUGCGAGCGGUACCGGUGCCAGGUGGCGUGAAGGUCCUGGGAAUGCCAUCCUACCAGUGAAGGAGUGGACCAGCGUGAAGCACGGCAAGGAAGUGCUCAACAGCUGCAACAGCGGCCGUGUGGCGGACCUUUCCGACCGCAACAUCAUGUGCAUGUCCCUGCAAGGUGAUCUUGCGGUGUGUGGCAGCGCAGACCAUGGUUUGAAGGAGAUUAACGUGCGCUCUGGCACGGUGAUGAGAAACCUUUACACGAAGAGGUUUGGCCACACAGAGUGGGUGACUACCGUGUCCCACUGUCGGGAUGGUCGUAUCAUCUCCGGCGGCCUCGACAGCAAGCUCUGUCUUUGGCAGGCCUCGGGCGUAUCCUGCGUUGACCUCACCGGCCAUGUCGGCUCCAUCAGCCGCGUUCGCGCGCAUGCGCACAUGGACAUCGCCAUCUCAGCCGCGUAUGAUCGCACCUUGCGGGCGUGGGAUUUGCGGAAGAAGACGGAGCUGGGAUGCUGCACAGGUCACGAUGCCUCCAUCACCGAGUUCGUUUGGGUGGAUGAUGUGGUUGCCAGUGGUGACCGCGCAGGCAUGGUGCGAGUCUGGGAUGCCAGAACUGCGCAGCACAUGGGAACGCUGCGUGGGCACAAAGGGCACAUUACCGCGAUGCUGGCCCUGCCGCAAGAAGGAUCAGGCGAGGAGGCUCAAAGCGGCAGCCCGCACUCUGGCCUCAUUGCGACAGGAGCCCAAGACGGUCAGCUGCGGAUCUGGGAUCUGCGGCAGAAGCUGAACACCUAUACCAUGGCUGCACACCCCGGCGGCGCCAUAAAUGAGAUCGGGAUCACCGGCAGCCCACCGGUGAUUGUCACGGCUGGGGCGGAUGGGCGACUGCUUGGUUUCGAUCCGAGAGCCGCCUUUCAGCCGCUCUUCGAAUUUGGUGACAUCACCGCUGAUUUCAUUUACAGCAUGUUGGUUCUCGACGAUCUUGUCUUCACUGGAGAUGGGCGUGGCCGAGUGGUCUGCUUCGACAUCCGCAGAAACCAGAAGCUCUAUGUCUUGGAUGCCGGGCAGAAUGCCAUCCGGUGCCUUGCUGCCACAGAACGAAUUGCUUCGCUGGGUGGCGGUGUGGCGAAGAUCAAGGUGGGCGGUGCUACCGAGACGGAGGUCAACGACAAGAAGCUCCGAUACACGGAUGCCAUCAGCGCAGUCCGCAGCGCAAAGGAGAUGGGCAUUGUUCCCGGCGGCGGAAGUGUGCUGAUGUACCUGACGGCAGAGAAGUUCCUGGAGAAAGUGCAGAAGGAGCUCCAAACGGAGGACGAGAAGAAGGGAGCCGAGCUUGUCUUCAAGUCACUGCAGGCUCCCAUCAGGCAGAUUGCUCGCAACGCUGGAGAGGACCCCAGCGAGGUGGUCUUCAACAUCCGCGGCAAGGAGUUCGGGUACGGCUACAAUGCUGCGACCAAGGUCUAUGAAGACCUGCUCAAGGCUGGUGUGGUGGAUCCCGCCAAGGUGGUGAUCAACUCAGUCGUCAACGCGGCGUCUAUUGCCGGCAUGGUCCUCACGACAGAUGCUAUCGUCACGGACCUGCCGACCACACCCCCACCAACUCCGGCGGGUGGCAUGGGCGGCGGAAUGGGCGGCAUGGGUGGCAUGGGCGGAAUGGGAGGAAUGUACUGA